AGGGUUUAUUCGGCGGCUGUACUUCUCGGCGCCUUCUAACGAUUUCACUCUUCUCCAGAUCUCUCUCCUCUUCACCCAAAGUCUCGGUUUUUGAUUCUGUUUAUUUUGGUCUUCGAUUUCUAUGCUCGUAUUGCUUUACCUGGAAACUCCAGUAGCUAAAAUUAGCCGAUCACAGGACGGUUGAAGAAUGUGGAGGAACAUUCUGGGGAGAGCUGCUUUCAGAAAGAUUAAGUUUUUUUCUGAAUCUAGCUCCGGGAAUCACUUCCCCGGUAACAGAAUUCGUGGGAUCCUUUCGACUGUUGAUCUCGGUGGUGUUCGAAAGGGAUUAGCUAUAAACCCAAUUGACGAUUUGGGAAGAUUGAGCUCAGUUCUUCAUGGUCAACAACAUUUUUCUCUUAGAGGGUUCGCUACAGCUGCGGAAGCCAUUGAUUCGACUGAACCUGAAGAUGAUUCUUCUUCCGGGUCUGACGAAGUCAAUGAACUGAUGAUGGAAAUGGAGAAAGAAACCGAGAGAAUCCGGAAAAAGGCGAGGCUUGCGGCGAGACAGCCGACGAAAGUAGUGUCGGGAAUGGGAGCUCAAAAAUACUACUCGCUGAAGCAAAGGCAAGUGAAGCUGGAGACGGAGGAAUGGGAGAAGGCGGCGAAAGAGUGUCGAGAGAUUCUAGAAGACAUGUGCGAGCAGAAGCUCGCGCCGAAUCUUCCUUACGUGAAGUCUCUGUUCCUCGGAUGGUUCGAGCCUCUGCGCAACGCCAUUCAAGCUGACCUUGAUACCUUCAAAAUCAAGAAAGGGAAGAUCCCUUAUGCGCCUUACAUGGAGCAGCUUCCGGCGGAUAUGAUGGCUGUUAUCACUAUGCACAAGAUGAUGGGACUGCUGAUGACAAACGCUGAAGGCGUUGGCACUGUUAAAGUGGUGAAUGCUGCUACUCAGAUCGGUGAAGCCAUUGAGCAGGAGGCUAGGAUCAACAGCUUUUUACAGAAAACUAAGAAGAGAAAGAGUGCAACUGACAAGACGACCGGUGAUGAACCAGAAGCUGUGGAUGAUGAUGUUUCAGGAGAGGCUGUGACCAAAGAAACGGAAAAGCUGAGGAAACAAAUUAAUACACUGAUGAAAAAGAAUAAGGUGAGGCAAAUAAGAGGAAUAGUGAAGGCACAUGACUCAUUCAAGCCGUGGGGUCAAGAGGCUCAAGUCAAGGUUGGCGCACGUUUGAUUCAGCUAUUGAUGGAAAAUGCAUAUAUACAAACUCCGGCCGAACAGUUUGACGAUGGUCCACCUGAGAUCCGACCUGCUUUUAAGCAAAGUCUCAAAAAUGUCACAUUAGAAAACACAAAAAGUAGCAGGAGAUAUGGUUGCAUCGAAUGCGAUCCUCUGAUCCGAAAAGGCCUUGACAAAUCAGCUAGACAUAUGGUCAUCCCCUACUUGCCAAUGCUAAUACCUCCGCUGAAUUGGACAGGGUAUGAUCAAGGCGCACACUUUUUCUUGCCUUCGUACAUCAUGAGAACACAUGGAGCUAAGCAACAACGCGUGGUAAUAAAACGAACUCCUAAGGAGCAACUGGAACCAGUAUUUAAGGCGUUAGAUACUCUAGGAAAUACCAAAUGGAGAAUAAACAAAAAGGUGUUAAGUUUGGUGGACAGAAUCUGGGCUAAUGGAGGUCGCCUUGGUGAUCUGGUUGACCGUGAAGAUGUACCCGUUCCAGAGGAGCCCGACAGUGAAGACCCGGAAGUAAGAAAGCAGUGGAAAUGGAAAUUUAAGGACGCAAAUAAGGAAAACAGCGAGAGACAUUCACAAAGGUGUGAUGUAGAGCUCAAACUCGAGGUGGCACGUAAAAUGAAGGACGAGGAAGGUUUCUACUACCCUCACAAUGUUGACUUUCGUGGCCGAGCGUAUCCCAUGCAUCCAUAUCUUAACCAUCUCGGGUCUGAUCUCUGCCGAGGCAUCCUUGAGUUUUGUGAGGGAAAGCCUCUUGGGGAAUCAGGAUUGCGGUGGCUGAAGAUACAUGUAGCAAACUUAUAUGCUGGUGGUGUUGAUAAAUUUGCUUAUGAGGGCCGGGUUGCAUUUACGGAGAGUCACUUAGAAGAUAUAUUUGAUUCUUCUGAUAGACCUCUGGAAGGAAAAAGAUGGUGGCUUAAUGCAGAGGAUCCCUUUCAAUGUUUGGCUGCUUGCAUUAACCUUACAGAAGCCUUGAGAAGCCCCUUUCCUGAAGCAGCUAUAUCUCACAUCCCCAUACACCAGGAUGGUUCAUGUAAUGGUUUACAACACUAUGCUGCUCUUGGAAGGGAUCAGUUGGGGGCAGCUGCUGUCAACUUGGUCACAGGUGAAAAGCCGGCAGAUGUUUAUGCUGAAAUUGCUGCUAGGGUUCUCGAGAUCAUGCGGCGAGAUGCACAUGAAGAUCCUACAACAUUUCCAAAUGCCACAUAUGCCAAACUCAUGAUCGACCAGGUUGACAGGAAGCUGGUAAAACAGACUGUCAUGACAUCAGUGUAUGGUGUUACCUAUAGUGGCGCACGUGACCAAAUGAAGAAGAGGUUAAAAGAACGUGGUGCCUUUGCGGACGAUUCACAAACUUUUCAUGCAGCUUGUUAUGCAGCAAGAAUCACUUUGAAUGCAUUGGAAGAGAUGUUUGAAGCUGCUAGAGCCAUCAAGACUUGGUUUGGUGAAUGUGCAAAGAUAAUAGCUGCAGAAAACAAAGCAGUUUGUUGGACGACUCCUCUUGGACUUCCAGUUGUACAACCCUAUCGGAUGCCUGGAAGACAUUUGGUUAAGACUACCCUUCAGGUGUUGACUCUAGCACGAGAGACUGAAAAGGUCCAGGCGAGGAAGCAGGUGACAGCUUUCUCACCAAACUUUAUUCAUUCACUUGAUGGGUCUCACAUGAUGAUGACAGCAGUUGCCUGCAACAGGGCGGGUUUGAGUUUUGCAGGGGUGCAUGACUCAUUCUGGACGCAUGCCUCUGAUGUUGAAAUAAUGAACAAAAUACUCAGAGAGAAGUUUGUCGAGCUCUACGAAAAGCCAAUCUUAGAAAAUUUAUUGGAGAGUUUCCAAAAGUCCUUCCCAGGCCUAAGUUUUCCACCAUUGCCAGAAAGAGGAGAUUUCGAUCUAAGGGAGGUCCUAAGGUCCACAUACUUCUUCAACUGACUUGCAGCACAUUCAGGUUACUUACAUAUCGGCAGCUUCGAUACUCCAUCUAACAUUUGAGGGCAAAGUAAGUUUGCUUCUUCAUGCCAAUACAAUAUCCACAUUGAUCUAAGGGAGAAGAUUCUUUGCAAUGAGGAAUGUUGGUGGUUAACCUCAACUCAGAGGUGGGCUUAGGGUUACUUGUAAAUAACAAAGAAGAAAGAGUGUUUCAAACCUUGGCAAGGGCGUUGGAUCGGAGUAUCGAACCAGUUGCGUGGCACUCAAGAUAACUUGCAGUUUCUCAUAGAACGCAGGAAUUACAAUAAGAUUCAGUUUCAGCCUACGGAGUCUGUGGUGUAAAAACUAAAAGCCGGUGCUAAGUGAAAAUCAUUUAGGGUGGUCUUUAGUAGACUCAAUUUUUCGAUUGACGUGUAAGUUGUGUUUUAGAUUAUAGACACAUUAUAUUUACUCAGUAUGCAUUUCAGGUCCAGUUUUGUAGAAUAAGCUGAAGUGAGUGUAAUAAUUAUGAAGCACAGUAACAAUGAAGAGUUAUUUAUUUUGCAGCUAUAAUGUUAUUUGGUAUUUAGUACAAAGUGACAAAUAAUGUUUUCAUUUCAG